AGAGACCGCCGGCAUCCGAGCCGUCUUGGCGCGCAAGCGCGGAAGCGGAGGCUUGGGACCUGAAGACCAGUCAGAGAAGAAUUCCGGGUCAAUGGGCGGGGUGUGCGGCGAGACCACACUAAGGGGACCAUGAUGGGAGGGGCGGCUACUCGAGUUCAGGGGCUUUGGAAGGGGAUAAGGAAGGAGUAGAACUCCUCCUCAGUGUUGCCUCAUUGAAACUCUGUUUAUAGUUCUUGUAAUAUGCCUUCCUAGUCUCAACUUUAAACUUACAAAACCCAAGGACAGAGUAUCGAGAACAAUCUAUGGCCACACUCAAAAUGGCGGAAAACCUAGAGCCAGGGACGCAGGGGACGCAAGCGGAAGCGGAAAUUGAGCGAUACUCCCCCUUUCCACCAUGGGCAAGAAGGGCAAAGUUGGCAAGAGCCGACGAGACAAGUUUUAUCACUUGGCAAAGGAGACGGGUUACCGUUCCCGAUCUGCUUUCAAGCUGAUCCAGCUCAAUCGCCGCUUUCAGUUCCUGCAGAAAGCCCGAGCCUUGCUGGACCUGUGUGCUGCGCCAGGGGGAUGGCUGCAGGUAGCUGCCAAGUUUAUGCCUGUAUCCAGCCUUAUUGUGGGAGUGGACCUGGUUCCAAUCAAGCCUCUCCCCAAUGUGGUGACUCUUCAGGAGGACAUCACAACAGAACGUUGUAGGCAGGCCCUGAGGAAGGAGCUGAAGACCUGGAAGGUUGAUGUUGUGCUCAAUGAUGGGGCCCCCAACGUUGGGGCUAGCUGGGUCCAUGAUGCUUACUCACAAGCCCAUUUGACACUGAUGGCUCUACGUUUGGCUUGUGACUUUUUGGCCCGUGGUGGCAGCUUCAUCACAAAGGUUUUCCGUUCUCGUGACUAUCAGCCUCUGCUAUGGAUCUUUCAGCAGCUGUUCCGCCGUGUCCAGGCCACCAAGCCCCAAGCCUCUCGCCAUGAAUCUGCAGAGAUCUUUGUAGUCUGCCAAGGAUUCCUGGCCCCUGACAAGGUUGACAGUAAAUUCUUUGACCCCAAAUUUGCGUUUAAGGAGGUUGAAGUUCAGGCUAAGACCGUUACUGAAUUGGUGACUAAGAAGAAGCCAAAGGCUGAAGGCUAUGCUGAGGGUGACCUCACUCUCUAUCACCGUACCUCAGUCACUGACUUCCUCCGAGCUGCCAACCCUGUUGACUUCCUUUCCAAGGCCAGCGAAAUCAUGGUAGACGAUGAAGAGUUGGCACAGCAUCCAGCUACCACUGAGGACAUACGGGUGUGCUGUCAGGACAUCAGAGUGUUGGGGCGCAAGGAGCUCAGGUCGCUACUAAACUGGAGAACAAAACUUCGGCGAUAUGUGGCCAAGAAGCUGAAAGAACAAGCAAAGGCACUGGACAUCAGCCUCAGCUCUGGAGAGGAAGAUGAAGGUGAUGAGGAGGACUCAACAGCUGGAACCACAAAGCAGCCCUCUAAGGAGGAGGAGGAAGAGGAGGAGGAGGAACAACUGAACCAGACCUUGGCAGAAAUGAAGGCCCAGGAGGUGGCGGAAUUGAAGAGGAAGAAAAAGAAGCUGUUGCGUGAGCAGAGAAAGCAGCGGGAGCGUGUGGAGCUGAAGAUGGAUCUGCCUGGGGUUUCCAUUGCAGACGAGGGGGAGACUGGCAUGUUCUCCUUGCGCACCAUCCGGGGUCACCAGUUAUUAGAGGAAGUAACACAAGGGGAUAUGAGUGCAGCAGACACAUUUCUGUCCGAUCUGCCAAGGGAUGAUAUCUAUGUGUCAGAUGUUGAGGACGACGGUGAUGACACAUCUCUGGAUAGUGACCUGGAUCCAGAGGAGCUGGCAGGAGUCAGGGGACAUCAGGGUCUAAGGGACCAAAAGCGUAUGCGACUUACUGAAGUGCAAGAUGAUAAAGAGGAGGAGGAGGAGGAGAAUCCACUGCUGGUACCACUGGAGGAAAAGGCAGUAAUACAGGAAGAACAAGCCAACCUGUGGUUCUCAAAGGGCAGCUUUGCUGGGAUCGAGGACGAUGCCGAUGAGGCCCUGGAGAUCAGUCAGGCCCAGCUGUUAUUUGAGAACCGGCGGAAGGGACGGCAGCAGCAGCUGCCACAGACACCACCUUCCUGUUUGAAGACUGAGACAAUGUCUCCCGUGUACCAAGAUGAAGCCCCUAAGGGAACAGAGGCUUCUUUGGGGACAGAAGCUGCCACUGGCCUUGAAGGGGAAGAAAAGGACGGCAUCUCAGACAGUGACAGCAGUAGUAGCAGUGAGGAAGAAGAGAGCUGGGAACCCCUCCGUGGUAAGAAGCGAAGCCGUGGGCCUAAGUCAGAUGAUGACGGGUUUGAGAUAGUGCCUAUUGAGGACCCAGCGAAACAUCGGAUACUGGACCCCGAAGGCCUUGCUCUAGGUGCUGUUAUUGCCUCUUCCAAAAAGGCCAAGAGAGACCUCAUAGAUAACUCCUUCAACCGGUACACAUUUAAUGAGGAUGAGGGGGAGCUUCCGGAGUGGUUUGUGCAAGAGGAAAAGCAGCACCGGAUACGACAGUUGCCUGUUGGUAAGAAGGAGGUGGAGUAUUACCGGAAACGCUGGCGGGAAAUCAAUGCACGUCCCAUCAAGAAGGUGGCUGAGGCUAAGGCUAGAAAGAAAAGGAGGAUGCUGAAGAGGCUGGAGCAGACCAGGAAGAAGGCAGAAGCUGUGGUGAACACAGUGGACAUCUCAGAACGAGAGAAAGUGGCACAGCUGCGAAGUCUCUACAAGAAGGCUGGGCUUGGCAAGGAGAAACGCCAUGUCACCUACGUUGUAGCCAAAAAAGGUGUGGGCCGCAAAGUGCGCCGGCCAGCUGGAGUCAGAGGUCAUUUCAAGGUGGUGGACUCAAGGAUGAAGAAGGACCAAAGAGCACAGCAACGUAAGGAACAAAAGAAAAAACACAAACGGAAGUAAGCAGAGCUACCAGGUUCCCAGGAGAGCAUGGGGACUAGGAGGAAGGGUGUGGCAUGGCUCAGUCUGGCCCCCUUGAUUACCAGCCUAGCCCCUGCUCACAUCACAGCUGUCUGAGGAACAGUGAGGUGGAGUGCCUAGAACUCCCGUGGUGGUCCUGAGCAGAGAGGAGGAUGUCCUCCUGCCUGCCUGAAGUUAGGUCUCCCAUGAAAACACUGCUGAACUGUGUUGACAGACUCAUGACCCUUUUUUUAAACUGUUAAAAGGAAGUUCGGUGUUGGAGCGAUACUCAAUGUAGUCAGUCUACACCUGGACAUGUGGGCCACUUAAGCCCUCCCCGCCCCAUCCUAUUCCUGAAUAAAACCAGGAUAAUGGAA